UGAACAUCUAUCUACACAAAUUCCGGCGCCAUAUCGUGCAUAGUAUAGUACAAGAGUAGAAAAUCCGAGGACAGCCGGGAAAUGGGUUCGACAUGAGCCGUGGCAUAUGCCUGUCGCGUGAUGGUACAACGACUCACGACGUGUCCUUUCCAUCUAGAAUGCCAACCUCGGUGCCGCCUCUUCUUCUGCACCCUGUUACCGCCGCUCUAUGCAACCGUUGCCGGAGAAAUUUUACCAAAGUCCUUUCUCCUUCCACGUUAUCCUCUCGUGAUUUUUUACUGUUCCCGUUUUGUACUUGUCUCCAGGAGCCAGCAGGCGACUUCGGGUCUACCCUUGACGCGCCUUUGGCGUGUGCUUAACCAUCAGAACCGAGUAUAUGUGACUAAGUAGUUGGUUCCGGCACGGGAGUUGCUGUAUAUCUGCUAGUGGGGAUGGAGGCCGCUGAUUGCGGAGUCUCCAGAUCGCGUUGAUCUACCGGGACAUCAACCC